AUGAGACAGCCACGCUCCUUGCGAAGAGCGUGCCUGGUGUUGCAGACAAUUUGUGUCCUGCUACUCUGCUGCUACAUCUACCAUCCGUGUGUGCGAAUUCUUGGCGAAGGUUUUGUCACGACACGUGCAAUUCAAACUGUUGCAUGGCGAAGACGUGCUGCCUGGGAAAAAGCUGACAGGCUUGCUGAUCUUUGCCCAAGGUGUAGCAUUCAUCGAGUGACGAGGGCCAAAUCACAUGCUUUGAGGCGCACCUGUGCCUGUGCAGCACGAGCCAACGUUGAAAGCCAGAGGGCAGCGCUGACGAUAGUUCAGAUCACCGACGUGUAUAUGCUUGACAACUUUCCGCACUUGAAGAACAUGAUACUCGAAAAGAAGGCCCAGAAUCCGAACACAAUUUCCAUGCUGACCGGAGACUUUUUGGCACCGUACUUGCUUUCGACCAUCGACCAGGGAUUCGGCAUGAUGCGUAUGCUAAACUCAGUGCCCGUGGACUUCCUUACCUGGGGCAAUCACGAAGCGGAUAUUCCUCAUGCCACAGUAUGCAGACAUGUCCGUGAGUUCCAAGGAACAUGGCUCAAUUCCAACAUGCAGACGCACGAGGCAAUGAAGUACCAGGAGCCGUUUCAUAUAGUCACAGUUCCAAGCCCAGAUGGAUCGCACGUGCGGAAAAUAGGUCUGGUUGCAUUGCUCAGCAACGAAGCAGACUUGUACAAGCACUUCAAAGCUCCUGGUGCUUUUGGUGGAGCUAAGAUCGAUUGCCCGUGGGACACCCUGCGUUAUUACAAGGAACUCCUCGAGGUGAAACACGGAUGCGACUUGGUGCUUCCCUUGCAGCAUCUGUACGUGCACCAAGACCACCGCACUUGUCGAGAGUUCGACGUUCCUGUCAUUUUGUCUGGCCACGAUCACCAUCAAGUGGAUGAAGUUGUGGAAGGCACGCGCUUGCUGAAACCUGGACAGGAUGCCCACUACGCCACCGUGCUGGAAAUUGGCUGGGAAAGCCCCUCAGAUAGUGCACCUUCUGUGACCGCAGAGUUUGCGCGUGUUGCAGACUGGCCCGCUGAUCCUGAGAUGGUGAGGGAGGCCGAGAGAUCGUAUGCCGUACUUGACCCCUUGCGGAACACGGAGCUUUGCACUAUACCUGCCAAGUUCCGUCCUCUCUCCUCAGUGGGUCCUCGUGAACGUGUAACCACAAUGGGAGGGUUCAUAUGCACGAUCAUACGUGAUGCCUUGAACAGCCACAGAGAUGCUGACCAUCACGUGGACGCAGUGCUGCUGAUGGGUGGCAAUAUUAGGGGAAGUCGUGAGUAUAUGCCUGAUGCUUUCUUCUCCCUGGAGGCCUUGGAAGCAGAGAUAAAGGAGGACGAGGUGCUAGGCAUAGUCGACAUGCCCGGAUGGCUUGUGAUGGAAGGUGUCAAAGCAACACGAGGUGAACCCAAACCUGGCUGGUUUCAGUACGACGACGGCGUGAGGGAAGAUGCCAACAACUCCGUCCUCGAAGUCGCUGGUCGUGCUGUGGACCCAUCUAGGACAUACCGAGUUGCGACCAAGAUUGUUGAUCUCACGAAUGGACAGAGUCCACCAUUGACAGCAUACUACAGUGAUAGGCCAGAGCUCCUUCCCGAAAAGGAAGAUGUGCUCUUGAAUAUCCAUCACUUGUUGAUGGUGGACUUCGCACGUGUGAUCUGGCGACGUAUCUGGGAAAUGGCCGACACCAGUCGUGAUGGAUGUCUGGACCAGGAUGAUUUCCAGAAUAUUGACCUGAACAAUGAUGGCCUAAUCGGGCGUCAGGAAAUAUUUGAAAACAUCCGCAAGCUGGGCUUGAAGGUGGACGACGGUGAGAUGAGUCUUGCAGAAUGCAUUUUUGAAAUCCUUGAUGUGUCCCGGGAUGGGAAGGUGACUGUCAGCGAUCUCAAGCGGUUCGCUGAUUCAGAGGACCUCUGCAUAAUCCCUUGGGACGAGGUCCGGAGCUAG